CUCUCCCCCUCCUAUAUAUUUCCUCUCCACAGUAUCUUUUCUCCAUUCACUUUCGAGUUCUUCUACUUUCCUACAUUCAACAAAAUCAUUUCUCUUUUUUCCUCUGCAAAAUCAAGAAAACCAACUUUCAUAAAUGGCUUCUUCCACAAGCUUCAAAAUUUUCUUACUUUUAGCUCUUUUCACCACUUCAUGCAUAGCUCAAUCCCCUGUUCCAGCACCUAAAAUCUCGCCCACCGCUUCACCAACUCCGACACCGGCGCCGGCAAUGUCGCCGCCGACUCCAACUCCGACCACCUCACCAACUCCAACCCUAGGACCUUCACCAUCAUCUCUCCCUGUUUCUCCAUCUUCACCAACCCCCGCCCGACCUGGUGCUUCUCCGGCAGGUCAGCCCACCGCCGACGUCCCACCGGCACCUAACUCCGGUAACAGAGCCGUCUUUGGUGGAGCUGCAUUUGCUGGAGCUCUCAUUGUUGUUGCUUUGUUGUAGAGUCACGUGUCUAGCUGGGAAGAGAAUCUGUACUUUUGAUGGCCGGACGAGAUUUGUUUAGUUGUUUGUAGUUUAUUUAGGUUUUUAUUGUGUCUAUUAUUUUGGUAUAUUGGUGAUUUUUCACGUUGGAUUGAUUCAUAUUUGGGUGAUACAUGACUCUUUUGUAUUGACAUGUUUAUUUAUUUUGUAUUGAAUAAUUACUCCAUGUGGAUUGAAAUAUGGAGGCGGA